AAGACAUCCUCUGUUUAUUUAAAACUUAAAAAUGGUUGAGACGGAUUGGAGAGAAAUCUUAAACUAUUCACAAAAAGAACUAAAACGGUCAGAUAAAGAAAAGUUAUGUGAAAGUUUGUCGUGGAUGGAAGCAGACGAUAUUGAAUUGAAUUUUUCUGACCUAAAAACUUUGUUUAGAUUGGCUCAGGAUAUUUUGAAAUUUAAAAACGAACAGGUUAAUAAUUUACUCGGUCAAUUGGACACACUUAAACGUAAAUAUGACAAAGCCAAAGGAAAGGUUGUUGUUAUGGAUUCUCCUUCCAAAGAUUCAGACAUAUUGGAAACCAUUUCACAUCAAGAAGAUUUAAUAAAGGCAAAUAAAGAAAUUUUGGAACAAUUAUAUUCGGAAAUCACUACAUUAGAAAAUCGUAAAGAGGAAAUAGAAAAACACACGUCAAAAGCAGAUCUCGAUAGUGAAUCAAGUCGAGAUGCUUUAUCUGAAAUGGGGGCAAUUGCAGAGCUAGAAAAUGAAAUAUUAAAGAAAAAUAAACAUAUUAGAAAACUAUUGAGUGACGUUAAAACACUAGAAGAAGAAAAUACCAAUUUAAAACAAAAGUUGUCGGUGUUUAAAGAGAAAUUAAAAGAAUCUGUUCAAAUAAUCGAUAAUUUAACUGAACAACUGUUUACUAUUAACAGUGAAUGUGCGCAAUUAAAAGCUGCACUUGGAAAAUGUGAAAACGAUAAAACUCAAUAUAUUCUGGAAACAGAAAAUUUAAACAGAAAGUUAAAUGAAAAAAAAUCGAAACAGGAUAUCAUUCAAGAUGAUGUAAAAUUGAAACUUCAACAUUUAAAGGAAACGAUUAAACUACACAAAACUGAAAUAAGCCGAUUAUCUGCAGAAAAUAUGAAUCAAAAGGAAGAAAUAUCAAGAUUGUUGAACGACAGUUCAUUUUACACUCAAUAUAAAGAUCAAGAGGUAAAAAUAAAAGAAUUGCAAAAUAAAUUAUCGGAAGCUGCGAGCCACAUGGUUGAGUCCGCUGAAUUAAUUACUGUUCUAAAAGCAGAAAAUAAUAAGCUAAAAAGGGCAGUUCCUGUAAAUUCCGAACAAAAAAAUGUCACUAAACCGGUCAAUAAUGAAAAUGAAAUUAUACGUUCUUUGGAGAAGAAAAAUGCAAAACUAAAAUUUGAUCUGCAAGGUGCAAAUGAGAUGAUUGCAUUACGAGAAAAAGAGCUUACAGAUAUAACUACUCAACUUCAAAUUUUACAACAAGAUGAAGGAAUUAAGAGCUUGAUAACUGGUCUAAAAAAUAAAAAACGUGAGUUAAAAAUGAAAGACGUGGGAAUAAAAUCUUUAGUACAAGAAGUAAAUAAUUUGCAUCAGCUUGUUAGCGAACUACAAAUUGAAAAUGAAAUUAUGAGGCAAAAACUUAAUAUACCAACAAAUGAGAAGAUUGCAACCGAGGGAUUUUUAAGGGAUUACCGUGUCCUUAAACAACAAAAUGUAAACUGGUCAAAGGAAAUUCGAAAAAACGCAAAUAAAAUUACUGUCCUUGAAAUGGAAAACUAUAUAAAAUCUCAAAAAAUAUCUAAACUUAUUGAAUUUUUAAGAAGCUCUGGUUUUACGGAUGAUAAAAUAAAAGAAGUAAUGGUAGAAGAAACUGAUACAAUCGAACUAAAUAAAGAGGAAGAACAAAAGGAGGCGGAUGAGAAUAAAAAAGAAUUACAAGAAAACGAUAUAAUAAACAAGAACGGUGAAUCGCUUGAUGUCAAAUCGAUUCUUGAAGAAAACGAGGGAUUAAGAAAUAGUCUCACAGAAAUAUUAAAUUACUUGAAAGAUAAUAGUACCACGUCUUCUGGAGUAUUAACAUUAGAAUGUCCAAGUUUGGAUACGUUGCUAGAGUCUAUGGAAGCACGACGUGCUGCUGGGUGGUUUGCUCCACACAUGAAAACCAUUUUAGAAUUACGAGCUGCUUUGGGAGGAAGAGACGCCUUGCUUACUGCAUUACACGAAUCAAGGAGGGAAACCUUUGACGUAAUGAACCAACUCUCACAAGAGUCAAAGAAAUGUCUAGAAUUAGAAAAUGAGUUAACUAAAAUCAAAACUACUGUCCAGAAGGAAAAAGAGUCAAGCGUGGAUGAACAUUCACUUGAUUUCAGUGAUGGCGAAUUUGGGCCAUGGAUACUGGAUGGAGCAUAUAAUAAUAUUGACUUUCUAGACAAAGAUAAACUGCAAAACAUAAUUUCAAAAGGUGAUACAAUAUAUGAACGAAAUGUAAAACAUAGCUUGCUUUAUUUCAAAAGCAAAUUUAAAACGCUGUAUGAAAAACUAACAUCUUUAUCAAUAAAUGUAGCGGAAGCCAAAAAUAAUUGGUCUAUCCAAGAAGAACACUAUAAAGCUCAAAUUAUAAAUUUAAAAUCACAGAUUUGUGAAUCUGUUGAUGAAGAUCUCAGUGAACCAUCACCAGGUAUUGUCAAUGAGAAUAAUCAGUUUGUGACACAAGCAAAAUAUAAUUAUUUGGAAGAAAACUACAAAAAUAUUCGAACUCUAUAUGAAAAUUUAAGAAAUGAAUUGUUAGAAGAAAAAAAGGAAACAUUAUUUCUCGCUUCUGAUUAUGAAGAAAGGCUACAAAAAAUAAUGAUAGCAAACACUGAACUGACUGGUAAACUUCGUAAAUCUAUACCUAUUGAAUUAUUUUUCGAACAAAAUGCUACUCUUAAUGACUUUCAUUUAAAAUAUCGAAAUUUUCUUGCAAGAGAUACGUCAACACAUAUUAAAACAUCAGACUUUUUAACACAGAUGAAAGCACAAAAAAUAGAAAUAAUAAAUAAUUUCAAAGAUUACAUAAACGAAGGGGGAAAUGUGAAAGACGAAUUACAAAAACAAUUAGAAAAAUCAAUAAAUCAAAAUCAAAUAGUGGAACUAUCGAACCAGCUUCAAGACAAAACAAAGGAUAUAGAAAAUUUGAACAAAAAAGUGUAUGAGCUAGAAAAAACUCACAAUGAAUUAAUGAACAAGAUGUCGUAUAGUUUAACGAAUGAAGAAAUAAAUUUCAUGAAGGAAAGCUUACAAAACGCAACAAUUGAAAACAACGCACUGAAAGAACAGUGUCGAGAAUUAAAGAAAGAAUUAGAUAAAACUUAUAUGAAGUUACAGGCUUAUUCUCAUAAUGAUUUGAGUAUUCAAAAAGAAGUCAAUAUGUUACGUCAUCAAAUCGUCGACCUUCAAGUUCCAGGACAAAGCACAGCUGCAAUAUCUAGAUUAAACAAUGAAAUUUUGUUGGCACAUUUGCAAAACGUAGAAAAUCUUCAAAGAAUUGAAACAUUAAAAUUGACAUUGAAUAAAGAACGCCAGCUUCGAAUAGACGCCGAAGAAAUGUUGGAAAAGCAACAAAAAGUAUUGCAAGUUUAUGUGGUACGGAAUGGAGUAAAGUUUCGGAAUAUGUUUGAAGUAAAUGAAAGCCUAAGGCAACAAUAUCAAGGAGUGCUACCACUUCUUAGUAUUGAAAGUUUCAUGAACAGUGUUGACUAUAUGCAAGAAAAAACAAGAGAUCUUAAUGAGAAACUGAAUGAAGUAGAAGAGUUGCGUUUAGGACUUAUGAGUAAACAUAGUGUGUACGAUCAAAUAAUUAAUUUAUCAAAGUGUCUAGAAGAACAAGACUUCUGCCCGCACAAAAUAAAACAUUUAAUGAUGGAAAAAAGGAACGAAAUGGAAUUAGAACACAAUAAGAAAAAAAUUGAAAUUCUUGAACAGUCACGAAGCACUCUAGUCAACCGUUGUAAUAAUUUAGAAAAGAAUUUGCUAUUGAUAAAUCGAGGUUUCAUUCCUGCCAAACAAAAACAAAUCGUGGAAAAUAAAACUUCAUCAAAUAGCCAAAAUAACGAUUCCUUAGAAGUUGAGGAAAUACAUUCAGAUACUGAUUCUAGUAAGAAAGGAGAUGAAACAUACACAUUACGUAUUAUCCCACCAAAAAGUAAUGAAUAUAUUACAAAAUCUACUCAAGCUCAGCCGAUAGAAAUGAAAAAUGUUCAAAUUCAAACAGUGGCUUAUAACAAUAAAAAAGAACAUAAAGAAGUACAGCUUGAUGAAGAUGAACGGAUAAAAGAACUUAAAAAGGAGCUAGAUAUGAUUACAGAAGAUAAUUAUAAGCGCGAAAAAGAGCUUAGAGAAGUAAUGUUAUCUUAUAAAGAGCAAGCGCAUGAAAUAACUAAAUUAAACCACCUCAACAAUGCACUAAAUAAAGACAAAAUAGAAUUACAAGAAAAAAUACAAACUUUAAUAAACACAAAUAUGCAUAAAGAUAAGUUAUAUGAAACCCUGCAGACCAAUAAUGAAAGUUUAAAAAGACAACUAAAUGAAUAUAAAAAUAAUAAUAUUAGCCAAGCGCGAUGGCAAAGCGAAGCUAAAGAAGAAAAUAGAUCACUAAUAUUAAAUAUGAAACAGAUAGAAAAUAGCAAAAACAAAAUUAUAGAAGAAUACAAAGAGUUAAUAAAUAAUGAGAGACAAGAAUAUGGAAAAUUAAUAAACGAUUUACAAUUUAAACUUCGCGCAUUACAGGCACAGCUUGAUCAGAGAAGCGACACUAACACUAUAAAUGAAGUAAACAUCAAAGGCACUUCCGAAAAAUUGGAAACAAAUAUUACAGAAUUAGAAGAUAAGUGUUUCAAGCUAAAUUGCAACCUGGAUACAUGUGAAUCUGAGUUGAAAACGUGUAGAAGUGAAUUGGAAAGGUGGAAAAAUUUAGCUUCCGAAAGAUUAACGAAAAUGGAACAAUUAAGUUCACAAUUACAGGAAAGACACAAUCAGGAAGUUGAUUCAUAUAAAGCGGAAAAUCAACAUUGGCUCUCACAACUUAAUGAAACUCAACGUGAACACAUGGAACUACGAACGCGAUUAACUGAACAAAAGACAGCACAUUUAAAACAAUUAGCUGAAAAGGACGCUCAUAUUGAACAUCUUCGCGCUAUCAUUAACAACCUCAAGACACAAAUAGUGAACAUGCAAACUAUGAUUUCUAUAAACGACCCAAGUUUCGACCUGUCCGCUAUUGUAGAAGUUGAAGAAGUGAGUGACGCGAUCUCGCACCAGGAUUCCGACAUGUUAGAACUGAAAUUUGAAUCCACCGGUAAUUUGACAGAUUUGCAGGAUGAUCUGAAAAAGUUUCCUGCCAGUUCCACUGCUAUAUGGCAAGAGCCUCUUAUAGAUCGACUGAGAAGAGAGAAACAGCUAAUGGGCAAACAAAAUGCACUUUUACGGAAGCAAAUCAAAGCGCUUGCUGGUCGAGAGAGAAGGGCUCGUCUUGAUGCACAGAAUCUUAAAAAUCAAGUCUUUAGAAUAAGUACAUCUGGACAAAAGGUCCCGUCAGCAGAAUCGGCAGUGCUUCAAAACAAGAUAGCGACACUACAAGCGCAGUUGACGAGCGCACGCCGAGACGCAAACUCCACAGUUGCGCUUUGGGACAAAUGGAAAAGGGCGCAACAAGCUUCGGAACGUUGGCAAGCAAGAUACGAUGAAAAAUGUCAGGAAAUAUUAAAAUUAGAAUCCAGUCUCAAUCUAGCAAAAUCAGCGAUAUCGCGAUUAGAAAAAGAAAAACGAAUACUGCUGUCAAGAUUAUCAGAAACUAAAAAUGAGAAACAGUUAGCUAUAGAGAAACAAAACGAAGAAUCGUCAGAGAAAUCGAGUGUGGACAGAGUCAGACAUGAAUAUUACGACAAUCCACCUCAUCUAUUGACAAAAUCUUUACUGGAACGAGUGGAAGCGCAGCAGCGAAGAAUUGUUGCCCUGGAAAUCGCUGAAAAGGGUAAUGAGCCACUGGUAUCUGAGUAUGAAAAAUCAUUGGCAGAAAUAACAUCACUGAAGGGGCAAGUGUUAAAGCUAGAGUCAGCAUUACUGGAAGCACAAAUUAAAUCUCCACUUAGAUCUAACCAGGACUCUAAACCAGAACUCGAAUACUGGAAAAGUUAUUGUGAAAUGCUAAAGGAAGAAAACAUGCAACUAACAUUAAAGUUGAAUACAAUUGAAAGUGCUCCAGUGCAUCAUCAACGGGUUAAUGAUUUGGAGCAAACUGUCCUCACACUAAGAGGUUUAGUAAGUAAAUUGCAAGCAGAUCAAAAGUCAACAAUUUCCGGACACAAGCGUUCCGACUCAAGACCAACAAGUGGGCAAAGUAAUGUUGAUAGAAAUCGUAACCAAAUAGAAUCAUAUAGAACGGAGAUCAUGAACCUCAAAAGGAGUAUUCAUGAAAAGGAUUUACUUCUAGAAAAAUCCAAGGAAAUGCUCAAAAUCGCAGCCGAAAGGGAGGAAGAUUUAUUAAGAGAGAACACAAUUCUACGUCAUCGUUUGGAAGAAUUAUCAGAAAGUCGUGGUUUCCUAUCCGCAUAAAAUAAUAUUCUUAUAUUUUAAAAGAUUACCUAGAAUUUAAGUUUUAAAUAAGGUUAUACUAAUAAAAUAAGAUGAACAUU